AUGAUCACGGGUUCAGGCGAAACUGAACCUGAGUUGAAACCUGAUUAUAGCCGGAAAAGUGAGCUGAAGGCUUUCGAUGAUUCCAAAGCUGGCGUAAAGGGGCUUGUGGAUUCUGGAAUUGCAAACAUCCCACGGAUUUUUAUCCACGAAUCUACUACCGAUGAUAAGUCCAGUUCAAGCCACCAUAAUUUUAGUGUACCAAUAAUAGACUUUGAAGGCAUCAAUGAAAAUGCAAGUCUACGCUGCAAGAUAACUGACGAAGUUAGAGAUGCUUGCGAGAAAUGGGGUUUCUUUCAGGUGAUCAAUCAUGGAAUUUCAUCAAGUGUUCUGGAUGAUAUGAUAAAUGGUGUGCGUAGAUUUCAUGAACAAGACACAGAGGUGAAGAAAGAAUUCUAUACACGCGAUGAAUUGAGAAAGGUAGCAUAUAAUACCAACUUUGAUUUUUAUCAAGCACCAGCAGCUAAUUGGAGGGAUUCUUUUUAUUGCCUUAUGGCCCCUCAUCCACCCAGUCCUGACGAAUUGCCUGCAGUUUGUAGGGAUGUUACUAUUGAUUACUCGAACAAAGUGAUGGCAUUAGGGCUAAUCAUAUUCGAACUGCUGUCGGAAGCUCUUGGACUAAAAUCCAACCACCUGAAAGAGAUGGGAUGUGCAGAGGGACUUUAUUUUAUUGGUCAUUACUACCCGGCGUGCCCUCAACCAGACUUGACUUUAGGCCUUAGCAAGCAUACAGAUAGUGGCUUCAUCACGGUUGUCGUGCAAGACCAAUUGGGUGGCCUUCAAGUCCUCCAUGAAGAUCGAUGGAUUGAUGUUACACCUCUUCCUGGAGCUCUAAUACUAAUCACCAAUGGUAAGUUCAAAAGUGUGUAUCAUAGGGUAGUGGCAAAAAAUGCAGGUCCAAGAAUAUCAAUUGCCUGCUUUUUUAGAACGCACUUGCAGCAAGAGAGUUCUUCUAGAGUCUGUGGACCAAUUAAGGAAUUGCUGUCAGUAGAAAACCCCGCAAGAUAUCGGCAGACGACUGUAAAAGAUUACGUCUCUUACACUUAUUCAAAAGGGCUUGAUGGGACCCCUCGACUGGAACAUUUAAAGCUGUGCGUGACGCCGGGGAAAACCCGGGGAACAAGUGCUCCGAAGAUCAAUCAUCGACCGGUGACUAGAUCCUGUACAUAG